AUGCCAGGCACACACACAUUCUAUGAUGGCGCGACUGUUUCACAACCGAUUGCUGAUGCGAUUGGUCUUGAAGUUGACAAGGUCAACUUGCUUUUAUGUCAGUUUAUAUCGCUACCAUUAGCUUAUCUUCAUUAUCGUAUAUUCGCUUCAACUCGAAUUUCGCGAACAAUGCGCGUUACAUGUCCUACCGUUUUGGGUUUAAUGUUUUGUUACUUCUGUUUUGGAAAUGCACUGAAGCAUUUAAUAUUAUUAGUUGGCUUGUCAUAUGCAAUUAUGCGUCUCUCUCCACCCAAAAUUGUGCACAAAUGUAUAUUUUUAUUCGCUAUGGGUUACCUCGUUUUCCUCCAUUGGUACCGCUCGUAUGUAUUGACUACUUACUAUCUCGAUGUUACCGGUCCAAUGAUGAUACUCGUCCAAAAAAUUACAGUGCUUGCUUUUGCUUUACACGACGGAAGAGUGAAGAAAAGCGAAGAAUUAAAUGAUAUGCAAAAAAGAGAAGCCCUUACAUCACUACCCGAUGCACUGAGUUUUCUGAGUUAUAUGUUUCAUUUCCAAGCAGUAUUAACUGGUCCAGCUUGCUUUUACACAGAUUAUAUGGCAUGGAUUAAUCGAACAGCUGCUAUUGGCAAAGAUGGGAAGGUUGAGAAGCCUUGGCGUGCAGUAUUAACAAAAUUAUCACAAACAGCAGUUUUCAUGUUGUUGUAUGUUUUUCUUGCUGAUCGCUUUACUCCUGAUAUUAUCAUUGAUGAAAAAUAUAUGAACCUGAAUUGGAUCCAAUGGCUAUUUGUAUUGUACAUUGUAAUGGCUUUUCAACGGGUACCAUAUUAUUUUGCAUGGACUUUGGCUGACGCGAUACUUAAUUUGAGUGGUUUCGGAUUUAGAGGUUAUGAUUCAAAUGGGCAGCCUCAGUGGGAUUUAGCUACCAAUGUCAAGCCUUGGAAAGUUGAGACAGCAUUAAAUUUCAAAGAAACGUUAGAAGCAUGGAACUGCUGUACGAUGUACUGGUUGCGACGUGUUGCAUAUGACCGCGCUCCAAAAGGGUACCGAACUCUAUCGACUUAUUUAUUGUCAGCAGUUUGGCACGGUUUCUUUUUGGGUUAUUAUGUCACUUUCUUGACUGGCGCUUUGUUCACCGUUUCUGCGCGAACGGUACGUCGUUGCUUACGUUGGCGUUUUCAAGGAAAUAAAUUUUUACAACGCUUAUAUGACAUGCUCACACUGGUUAUUACCAAAAUUGCUCUAUCUUAUGCAUCAUUUCCGUUUGUCAUGAUGCACCUUGGACCCGGUCUGCAUUUCUACAGUCGUUUGUAUUUCUGCUUCCAUAUUAUUGCUUUCCUUUCUUUGUUUGUUCUGCCACGAAUAUUGCCUCCACAAUCAGAAUCGCUUCGAAGAAAAAAUGACUACAACGUGAAAAAAUCAUGA